AUGGCACCAAUACUAGGAUCACACAGCGAAAUCCCUCGCGCUAUUCGAAGCAUCGCAAGAAGAGCAAUAACACAAGCUGGCCCAGAAGUCGCAAGGCUAGCAGCUCGCCAUGCACUUCAACCCCGCGGUUUAUCGGUCAACAGUACCCAAAAGACGACCCUGGGAGUUAUCAUCGGAUAUACCGUAGCUAUUGCACUUUUGUGGAAUUUACCUUAUGUUCGGUGGUCGUUAUGGCCUUUCAAGAUGCUUGUAAUCGCAUUCCACGAAUUCGGCCACGCAAUAACGGCAUGUUGUACGGGCGGACGAGUCAAAUCUAUAUCUCUUGAUCCUCGAGAAGGAGGUGUAACGCAUAUGCAAGGUGGAAUUAGCGCUAUCACCUUACCAGCUGGAUACCUUGGAUCGUCACUCAUCGGAGCUCUGUUAAUUAUGUGCGGGUUCAAUAUCGUGGCCAGUAAAGUUGCUAGCAUUGUUCUGGGGGUUUGCUUCUUGCUUACAUUGUGGUGGGCGAGGAAGGACUGGCUUACUAUUGGGACUAUUAUUGCGGCGGUUGGACUGUUGAUUGCGUGCUGGUUUAUUAAACAUGCUGAGCCGUUGAGAUUUGUGGUGCUCUUCAUCGGUGUCAUGUCCUCCCUCUACAGCGUCUGGGAUAUCUGCGACGAUCUCAUCCUCCGAAAAGUCAACGAAUCCGAUGCCAGUGUUUUCGCAAAACGAUAUGGUGGAUCUUCACAAUGUUGGGGGGUUAUCUGGUCGAUUAUAUCGUUGUUCUUUAUGGUUGGCGGCAUCCUUGCUGGAAUCGCUGCGUUCCCUGAAGACUGGCAAGAACAGGAAGACGAUUCGAAGAAGUUCAUCCCGACUUGA